GAGGAGGAAGGCGUGUCGUCUCAGCUCGCGAGGGAAAAAACGGAAAAUUAAGGGAAACAAAGACCCAAAAAUGUCCCCCAACGAAGAGAAAGACGCUCCUUUGCUCCCUUGGGAUAAUUUCAGUAACUGGGUGCACGCGAUAUGUGUCGUCACGUUCGAUUUAGAGCUCGGGCAAGCCAUGGAGAUGAUUUAUCCUGGCGACCGCGAGCUUACAGAGCGCGAACGGACCAACAUCUGCUACCUGGCUUUCCCCGACAGUAACUCCGGCCUGAUGGGGAAUGUCCAGUUCCACUUUCGCAUCCGCCAGUGCCCGCAGUCGAAUCCCUUGCAUACCCGCCCGGCCAUUCAUCAGUACAAUGCCACGUGUCCGACGAGCAUACAGACUGACGAUGGCUACCUCUAUGGCUAUGUGUACUUCAGGCAAGUCAAGGACCGCACACUAAGGAGAGGAUAUUUUCAGAAGAGUGUGGUAUUACUUUCCCACCUGCCACUGGUAUCGCUCUUCACAAGUGUGCUAGACUUGAUGGCGCCAGAGUAUUUUGAUACUGGAGAAGCCAGCCUAGAAGCUGCUUGCCACCACCUCGACCAAUGGCCUCUGCCUACACCAGGUGUCACCCUUAGUCUUCCUCUACUUGGAACUCUGAUACAGGUUCGAAUUCCAAGUCGGCAGGACAAACCGGGUGCUUCCACACUAACACCACCAUCCCCUCCCCACACAUCUCCAGGACCUUUGACAAUCAUGGUGCCAUCUCCACAUGAAACAGAGGCUUUCAGAGUUUUAGCUCCGGUGCUGCCUCACCUUAACCUUUUAUGGGAACUGGUGAUCACUGCUGAACCUUUGGUGGUGAUGGCAACAUCACCAACCACUGCUGCCAAUAUGGUGCAAACCCUAGUCAGCCUUAUUGCUCCACUCAAGUAUAGCGGAGACUACCGACCCUUCUUUACCAUCCAUGACUCAGAGUUCAAGGAGUACACAACUCGUACUUCUGCUCCUCCCAAUGUGAUCCUGGGAGUGACCAACCCCUUCUUUGCCAAGACACUCCAGCACUGGCCACACAUCAUCAGGAUUGGGGAUAACACUGGAUCCCCAAGUACACAGAAGCAUAAAUUAAAGAAAGCUUCAGCUCUCAAAACAGUUGAACAGAAACCUGGUGUGUACACGAAGUACCGACCUCACUUACAGGCUGACAAGGGUUUAGUAAAGCGAUUACUGAAGGGUGUGCAGACGGGACGACCAGUAGAGGUACAGAGCGCACUGCUAAGACGACAUCUUUUAGAGUUAACACAGUCCUUCAUGAUUCCGUUGGAGAGAUAUGUAGCUUCUCUGAUGCCACUGCAGAAAAACAUUUCACCGUAUAAG